AUGCGGGUAGGAACUUAUAAUUUAAAUCAACGAUUGUUAAAUCAAGAACUAACAUCAUGGUUAUUCCCUUUAAGCACAUCAUCCCCUUCAUUAUUAGAAAAACCUGAUAUAAUAGCGAUAGGAUUUCAAGAAUUUAAUGAAUAUCCAAACGCAUUCUUGAAUAUUAAUAGUGAAUUCAGAAUUAAACAUUGUGAAGGAAUGAUUGAAAAAGCGAUAUAUAAUUGUACAAGAGAACGAUAUUAUCAGGUAACAAGAGGCAUAUUCGUCGGGUUAGCCUUGGUAAUUUACGUUAGAGAUGAAUUGAUUAAUCAGAUAAAGGACGUUGAGGUAGAAGAAAUUGGAGUUGGACCAAUGUGGAUUGGUAAUAAAGGAGCAAUUAUGGCUAGAUUAAUCAUUUCCAUUGAUCCUAGCAGAGAAAUUUGUAAUUCAGUUUGUUUCGUUUGUGCGCAUUUAGCUCCACAUUCACACAAUGUUUUAAAAAGAAAUAUGGAUUUUCAAAGUAUCAUUCAGAGAUUAGUAUUUAUUAAUAAUACGAUUGAUGAGGAAUCAUUUGAUGACUUUGAUGAUAAUGCUUUUACCCCAUUAGUCGAAAGACGUAAGUCUGCAUCUUACAAGAAGUAUAAUACGAUGUAUGAUAAUGAUUAUGUAUUUUUUUUUGGAGACUUGAAUUAUCGUAUUGAAAUAGAUUACUUUAAAGAUCCCUCAUUAACGAUGUCAAGGCUAAUGAAUUUAUUAAAUACAAAUCAACAUCAAUUGAUAUUACCAUUUGAUCAAUUAAAUAUUGAGAGAAAAAAUGGAAGAGUAUUUAAUGGAUUUCAAGAGGGGGAUGUCAAAUUUUCACCUACCUACAAAUAUAAUGUCGAUACCGUGGAUUCUUUUAAUAUCUCAAAAAGAAUUCCCGGAUGGUGUGAUAGAAUAUUAUAUUACAAUAAACAUGAUGUUGAUGAUGCCAUCAUACUACAUCAAUACGUUUCCAAUAAUGAUUACACCACAUCAGAUCAUAAACCAGUUUCUGCUUUAUUCACGAUAAAUUUCAUACCUCCUAAUAUUAAAACCACAAAUGUUAACAUUAAUAUUAAAAUUGAUAAAUGGAGGGUCGUGAAGAAGGUCAUUGGAAAUAUUUCUACCAGAAUUGCCGGUCUUUUAUGGUGGUUAUUUGGAACCAGACGUGGUAUUGAAUUAUUUAUUGUAUUGAUCAUUAGCAUUUUGAUUAUUUGGUACUUUUUAGAAAACUUUUAUUGA